AGAACGACAGGAAGCGCGCGAGGUUUGGACUCCUUCGGCUGCCGUCGCCGGAUCCUCGCGCGCGCACGCCGCUUGCGCGCCUGCGCCCCGCCGGUGCGCCGUCCAUUGCUCUGGCGACCGGGAAGGACGUUGGUGCUGAGGUGGGACAGUCCACCACCAUGGCGCCCAGUGCUUUGGCGAAGCCUCAGAUGCGGGGCCUGCUAGCCCGUCGCCUGCGAGUUCACAUCGUCGGAGCCUUUGUAGCGGCCCUGAGCGCCGCGGCUCUGUAUAAGUUUGCUGUGGCUGAGCCGAGGAAGAAGGCAUAUGCAGAUUUCUACAGGAAUUAUGACUCCAUGAAGGAUUUUGAAGAGAUGAAGAGGGCUGGCAUCUUCCAGAGCACAAAGUGACUGGGAAUGGAAAGCAUUGCUUUGGACUGAAUUCUUUCGAAGUUUGUCACUGACCUGUGUUCCUGAACUAUGAAACAUUAAACGUGGAAUAAGGAAUAAUCUGUUGAUAAAUAAAUAAAUACUCUGGACAGUAA